AUGGCGGCGGCCCAGCUCAUCAAUAACCCCAAAGAAAUCUCCACCCUCUACCGUGACCUCAGCCAGUUCCCAUCGCUGAACGCCGUCUCUAUAGGGCCCGAGGUCACCACCCAGUAUGGGGGCAAAUACAGCAACAUCUACACAGAAUGGGCGCAGAGGGAUCUGGAUCGCAUCGAGCAGGUGAAGUUUUGCCGCCAAUAUAUCAUCUUCCACGAUAACAAUGCGGUGGUGUAUGCUGGGGCAUGCGGCAACGGCAGUGAGAUUAGAGGAGAACUGCUCAGUAGUGAGUCCCCAUCUGGAGCUCUGAAAGCCGUUCUACGAGAGACGAAGAAUAAGAAAGGGGAGGACACCCAGUUCCUGGAGGUCUGGGACAAGAACCGUAAGGUGAAGAGCAUCAACCUAACAGCACUGGACAAGCAUGGGAAGGUGUACGAAGAUGAGCAGUUUGGCUGUCUGUCCUGGUCACACUCCGAGUCUCAUUUGCUGUACAUCGCCGAGAAGAAGAGACCCAAGACCAAGUCAUUCUUCGAAUCCUCAGCCGGAGACCUUCCCGCCUCUACAGAUGAAGAUGAUGACGGCGCUGGUAAAGUGGUUAAGGGUGAUCAGUUUGUGCUGCAUGAAGAUUGGGGCGAGUGCUUAGUGAACAAGAGUACCCCGGUGCUGUGUGUGCUGGACAUAGAGAGCUGCAAUAUCUCCGUCUUGGAGGGGAUCCCAGAGCACGUGUCGCCGGGACAGGCCUUCUGGUCCCCAGAUGACACUGGUGUUGUGUUUGUCGGGUGGUGGCACAGUCCCUUCAGAUUGGGCCUGAAAUACUGUGCCAACAGGAGAUCAGCUCUGUUCUUUGUGGACCUGACUGGUGGAAAAUGUGAGACUCUCUCUGUGGAUUCCUCGGCUGUCUUCUCCCCCCACGGCUCAGCCCAGACAAGUGUCGUAUUGUGUAUCUGAAGUGUGACAUGUUCGGCCCUCAUCUCCAAUGCUGCCAGCUGCUCAUGGUACCUGAUUUCCUCUGUUCAUGUGUGCGAUCUGUCAAAUCUGUCGUCAUACAAUCCUGA